AUGUGGGUUAGGUGUUUCUCGUUAUUCGCUUCAUCAGUUCUACUCUUGCAAGUUCGGGACUCCUCACGAAGUUCUAUUCACUCGCUUGUCAAAAAUAUCAACAUUCAGGCUUCACCAACCAUGAGAUGUUUCAGCGGCCUUUUGGCACUUGCCAGUGUCGCUUCGCAGGUUAGGGCUGUGGUAUCCAACUCUUCGAGUGCGGUAAAGAUUACAAACAAUAUCCUCUCAACUACAACUGGUAAUAGCACUUCCUACAGCGAUUCGUACGUCUUCCUGUCGAUUACUGAGAUCCAGCUCACUAGCCCUGUCAACGGCAUAACCUUCGAAAUCGAUCCUGCUCUCGGAGGAGUUCCUUCAGCGGUAUCCGAUGGAGGCGAUACCUUCAAGUUUGAGUAUGGCACAGCAGUCUACGACAACGGAAAUGUCACUGUCAACUUCACCUCCGUUCCACCUUCGGGACGCUAUAACUUGACUUUCCCUUGCUUCAUAGGCCAGGAUUCUAACCAGGAGCAGGGCCAGCACACUUACCAAACUGAAUACGGGAAUGAGGCGUUGAAAAACACUAUUGAUUAUGUCGCAAUGCCAAGCGACACUCCCGUAUUCAAUAGCAUUGAGUAUGACGCCGAGCAAGAACAGGCGUACUUCUAUUUGAACAUUCCCAAAGCGGCCUAUCUCGGAGGUUUCACUUUCAACACCACCGGUCCCAAGGAAUAUUCUUACAUCAGCGAUUCUUUUGACUUCGGGUUUGUGAGAACCCCAGAUGGCUCUGACAGCUUUAACGACCCGGCGAAUACGGCCAGUACCUUGGACAGUGUCUAUCCUCAGUAUUAUACUCUCGAUACUGCGUCUGGCGGUGUCGAUUUCCGGUACAAUGGGAGCAUCACCACAGAGACCACCAGCGAAGCUGGUUCUGAUAUUAGCUACAUUGGCGCCUAUAUCAAAUUCGAGGUUACACCUCCCACAGGUACGAAUGUGUUUGAGUUGGAUGCCACCUUAGCUUUCAGCGGCAACUCUGGGAAACAAGACUUGACGUACUCUUUCAAAAACUACGGCUACGGCCCCGGGUUUUUGGAUGCUGUUGAAAUUCCUUCUGUGUCUGUUUCCAGUGGGAGCUCUGAUUCAUCUUCGUCCUCCUCUUCGGGUUCGAGCACCGCCCCAUCUUCGUCCCCUGUUUCGGGCUCGAGCACCGUCCCUUCUUCCUCUUCUUUGGCCUCGAGCUCCUCCACAGCCGGUGUCAAUUCCACUGGUUCUUCUGGAUCGAGCACCGCCCCAUCUUCGUCCCCUAUUUCCGGCUCGAGCACCGUCCCUUCUUCCUCUUCUUUGGCCUCGAGCUCCUCUACAGCUGGUUUCAAUUCCACUGGUUCUUCCUCUGCCUCCAGUUAUUCUGGUAAGGCAUCUUCUUCAAGUAGCAGCGCCACUUUGAGCUCUGCAUUUGGUAGUACUUCCGCUUCGUACAAUUUUUCUUCGCAACUCUCUUCAGCAUCCACCUGGACUUUACCUAGCUUCUCGCCUUCACUACUAUCGUCUGCCACUUGGGCUUCUUCAAAUGCUUCUCAGUAUGUGACUACUGCCACUACCGAAGAUAUCUCAACCACGGUGAUUACCACUUGUCCAAUAUGUACUGGCAAAGACAAGACCACCGUCGUUCAAGUAUCUACUAUCACUACAACUGAAAGCGGCCUUGUGACUGAAUACACAACAUUCUGUCCAUUGAGUGCUACGGAGACUUCUUUGUCUAUAUCUUCCGGAUCCACUGUCAGUCCAUCGGUUGCCAUUUCAGAAGUGUCUUCGGGGGUCUAUACAGUCUACACCACUUAUUGUCCAUAUGGAAGUACUUCAGGCCUUCCACAAUCUCAUGUGAAACCUACAAGUACUGCAGCUGAAGUGUCAGAGUAUGAAGGAGCUGCUGUGUCGGUAGCCUAUAACUUUGUGGCAAUGAUUUUUUCAUUUUUUGCGCUCAUUUGA